AUGCAUAAACCACCACUCAACACAGCCAUUCCUCCCAACGUGCUGUCACCGCAAAUUCGUGUGAACGGAGCCCAACUGCAAGUGGUGGAGAACUUCCCGUACCUGGGCAGUGCUCUCUCCCGCAACACCAAGAUCGACGACAAAGUCGCCAACAGGAUGUCGAAAGCCAGUCAAGUCUUCGGUCGCCUCCAAAGCACAGUUUGGAAUCGUCAUGGUCUCCAAAUGAGCACGAAACUAAAGAUGUAUAAGGUCGUCAUGCUGCCGAAGCUGCUGUACAGAGCGGAGACAUGGACAGUGUACACGAAGCAGGCACGUCGUCUGAACCACUUCCACCCCAGUUGUCUUCGUCGCAUCCUGAGGCUGAGGUGGCAGGAUCACAUCCCCGAAACGGAAGUACUGGAACGAACGGGAAUCCUCAGCAUCUACGCCAUAUUGAGGCAAAUUCAGCUGCGCUGGAGCGGCCACCUGGUGCGCAUGGACGACGAGCGACUACCCAAACGACUCUUCUACGGAGACGUCGCGAAUGGUUCUUUCCGCCAAGUAGGCCAAAUUCGACGAUACAAGGAUGCACUGAAGUCUUCCCUGAAGGGUCCGCAAAUUAAUCCGACCAACUGGGAAAACCUCGCCCGCUAUCGACUGAGAUGGAGAAGGACAGUGAUUACAGGUGCUGCGAUCUAUGAAGCCAACCGCAUCGCCGCCGCCAAAGUGAAACUCUAAGCACGCAAAUCCCAGCUGCGCCUAGUACGCAAAGCCGACGCACAACCGCUUGCAACGUGUCCUUGGUGUCAACGGACAUUCCGGGCACAAAUUGGACUUAUUGGAGACCUUCGAAUCAACUGCACCUCUCGGACUGCACCAACUGUCGACCCUCCGCUCGCGUCUUUCUCGUCAUCUCCGCCGCCAACUAACUCUGACCGCUCUUCCGAACCACCACUUCCAUCCUCCUCCUCAACUGCCCCACCGACGUCCGCCCUGGCGGCUGUCACGCUCGACAGCACCACACACAUCACCCCCACAACCUCCUCCUCCUCUCCGCCGCCAAAUAACCCUGACAAUUCUUCUGACCCACCACUUCCAUCAUCCUCCUCCUCCUCCUCCUCACCCACUGCUCCAACGGCGGCUGCUCAGGCGACUGUCCCGCGCACAGCAACCGACACUACCACCACCUCCCCCGACUCCAGGGAUGAGGAUCAGGACUACACCUGCCCUCACUGCGACCGUUCCUUCACCUCACACAUCGGCCUGGUCGGUCACUUGCGAAUCCAUCGCACUGAGACUCGCGAACCACUGCGUGAAGCACCAACCUACACCCACCGCACCCGCCUCCACUGCCCACACUGCCCUCGUAACUUCACGCAUCACAUAGGCCUAUUCAGUCACAUGAGCAUCCACGAAGACCUUUGGUAG